UUAACUCAUCCGAUCAACUGCAAAAUUAUGCAAGUUAGUUGACGUGGGUCGUACCAUAGCUUAGCUGCGUGCAUAGUAAUAAUUUAUAUUCGUAAAAUGAAGGCCGUUUUACUUUUUUGCGUAGGGUUACUUACUGUCAAUGUCGGAGGGAGGCCAACAGCCCGAAGCAAUUGGCCUGCCGUGGAACAGCAUGUCGCACGACUACAAGAGCUCGUUUAUUACACCAUGUUUGCAAUUUACACGGACGCGAAUGAGGACAACCCAGAAGUUGGCGCAGCGAUUGGACAAAAAGUUAACGAUGCUGCUGAAUCUGGAAUGGAUUUGCUAAAUAUCGUAACGGCUGAAGUGGACGCGAGGACGUUAACGGUGGAAAUUGCCCGAGUACACUUGGGAUCCCUCUUGGUUGUCUUCACGGAUUUGUAUGCCGCAAUUGAGGUUGAUUUACAAGGGCUCAGCGAAGCUGCCAAGAUAAAAGUUGACGGAGAUUUUUCCAACCUGUACCUUCACGUGCCAGGAAUUGCGAAUGAAAUUUACGCAGCAUUAGAGGAAGCAGCGCCAUUGACUUGCGGUAUUGCUGGCAUCAAUAAUAAUGAAACCAUCACAUCAGAGCCACUUCAGUCCGAUAUUGCUCCCGGGAUAGAAAUCUGGAAAGAGUCAGUGUAUUUCGUGGAUUACGGAUCUAUUCCAAUUCACCCGCAUAACAAAUAUCUCGAUAUCGGCAUCUCUAACGAUGAGUUAUGGUUUCGAACUACUAUUGACUAUCCAAAUUUUAUGAAUGAGACUAAUUCGACUUCAAUUCAUCGCGUUAUUCAAUUUCAUUGCGUGGAUGGAACAACGGUGCUGUACGAGUUUGAGUUCCUGAUUGAAGAUGGACCAAUCGUUGAGCCAACAUUACCACCAGACUAUGAACAAUGAUUUUAUGAUUAGAAAAUACAAUGUGCAACAAUCCAACAUAACUCCAAAUUUUGUGUAAAAGAAAAUUUCAAAGUAGAAA